UUCGGAACUUAUGUGUCCGGUUUGGUUUGUUUUUUAUUGAGUUCAUCCGGUGUUUACAUGUGCUCAAGGCACUUUUGCCCAACUCAUUUUUGAUGUACAUUUACGCACUACGGAUUUUUACCCUCACUGGAGGAGCAAUAAACACUUAACUCAAGUAGAAGUUUUAGUUGUUUAACGGCACAGUAAAAAUCCGUAAACCGGUAAGAUUGGUCAUCAAGAUGAGUCUGCGGUCGGAACCAACCAGGAGAAGCACACGUAUGAGGACCCUGACAACACCAGCUCAGGAAACUUACGAAGCUCGAGUGGACACCUUUCAACGAAGGCUAAACAGUAUUAAGAGUGAGUGGAGGGAGUGUUUUGAAGAAAUAGAGAGAUCAAGCAGGGAUAUUAAAACUCUGAAAUCUAUUGACGAUCUUCUUGUGAAAGGCUUCGAAACGUAUCAAAAAACAUCCAAUGCAUUUUGUGAUUUCUUGAGAACUGUACGCACAGAACAGAGCGCUAAUGAACUUGCGUCUCAUCUCCUAAUUAAAGAGACUUUGUUAGGAAAAAUCAACGUAGGAAGAAGCAAAAUUGAAUAUUUGAUUUCAGAGGGAUCAUUCAAAUCGCUGACUCAGCGAUCACUUUCAUCUGGCUACAGUAAAUCUUCAAGCCGAUCGAUAGGAUCUAUACUGUUAAGGAAAGAAGCAAAACUAGAAGCCCAGCGCACAAUGUUGAAACAUUUAGAUGAGGAACUAGUGCUCGAGGCUCAACUAAAACGUCUGAAGGCCCAGCGAGAAAUGAAGAUGGUAGAGAGCGAGCUCAGUGUUCUUAAAGAGGACCCACGUUUACAAGAGCUUGCGCCGAGUCUCUCGAGUGAGUCAAAAACUGAAGAAUACUUGAAGCUUCUCCCAAGGUACGAGCAGGAUCGCAAGCAGCAUGAAAAUGCCAUAGAGACAUCCCAGUCCAACAGCUUUAGUGAUUGCAGACAAAAGGAGGAUGCAGUUGUAUCAACACCGAAACAGUCUUCCACUUCCCCUCCCAUAGCAACUGCUUAUGUCCAAGAAGAGACACCACAAUUACACACACUGAGGCCGUUCGACGACACACCUAAGACUCAGCUGAACCCCGAAGUACAACCCUUCACUCCGAGACAGACGGAAGUAACUCAGCAGAGUCAGAUGAUCAUGAUAGACACAUUUACUAAGCAUUUAGUAAAAAAGGACCUCAUCAUGUCAAGGCUGUCAAAAUUUGACGACGAUCCGAUAAUGUACGUCUCAUGGAAAAAGGGAUUUAUUAACAUUAUGGAAGAACUCGGAGCUUCGGAAACAGAAAGACUAGAAUUAUUAUGUGAAAAACUCGGACCUGAGUCUUCAAGACAAGCUAGAACUAUAAGAGCCUGCAAUGCAGACAGUCCAAGCAUCGCAAUUAAGAAAAUCUGGCAGAGGCUGGAGAGACGCUUUGGAGCGGCGGAACAGAUCGAGAACUACAUCCUGAAGAAAAUUAAAGAAUUCCCAGAAAUUUCGUCGGAUCACUUUCAUCUGCUCUACGACCUGGCAGACCUAGCAUCCGAGAUUGCAUCAUUAAAGGCACAACCUCAGUUUGAAGUCUUAUUCAGCUACUUUGACUCAAAGAAAGGUGUUAACGAACUUGUGGAAAAACUUCCAUGGAAUCUGAAGGACAAGUGGACUUCAGAAGCAACAAAACAGAAGCAAAGUAUGGGAGUGGCAUAUCCACCCUUUUCAGUCUUCGUUAAGUUUCUGGAAAACAUGGCAGAAAUGAAGAAUGACCCUGCAUUCCAGUAUGAGAAGAAAGGGGGCAAGAAACAACAAACUUUUUCGACUCAGCAACCGAAACAGUUUAGUAGGAAUGCAGUGAACAGGACUUUACCAUUAACCAGAGUAGCUGCUAGAAAGACCGAGACAAUCACAACUUUGGAAGUGACGGACAUGUGUCCACUACACAAGAACAGUUCACAUUCCCUUAACGACUGUAUGUCCUUCCGCCAAAAGCCAAUAGGAGAUCGUAAGAAAAUGAUCCUAACUAAUGGAAUAUGUUUUAAGUGUUGCAGUGGCAAGAAACAUAGGGCUAAGAACUGUAAAGCAGAUGUGAAAUGCAGUGUGUGUCAAACAUCGUUACAUCCGACGGCUCUUCAUGAAGAACCAUCCGAGGCACAAGAUUCUGGACGAUAUGCGGUGAAGAACAGAGAGGGGAACCCUUAUGAAGGGGAGAACAGACCCAUUGUCUCUUCAGCCUGUACAAAGGUACAUGGAGCAAGUAAAUCUUGUGCAAAGAUAGUACCUGUUCGAAUAAGUACUAUUUCCAAUCCACGGAAGUCGAUGCUGGUUUAUGCGAUUAUCGACGACCAGAGCAAUCGGUCACUGGCUACCUCAUCGAUCUUUGACUACUUCCAGGAUGAUGGCGAUGAUGUCUCUUACACAUUAGUUUCCUGCUCUGGAACAGUUUCAGCAACUGGAAGAUUCGGUACUGGUUACACGGUGGAGUCUGUAGAUGGUACAUGUCAGUUAGAGUUCCCAGAACUGAUAGAGUGUAAUGACUUACCUAGUAAUAGGGAGGAGAUCCCUUCACGAGAGGUCGCCUUGCAGUACUCCCAUUUGAAUUGUAUCGCAUCUGAAGUUCCCCCGCUUUUUGAAGCAGCAAAUAUAGAACUUUUAAUAGGGAGAGAUCUUAUCAGUGCACACAUAGUUCACGAGCAGAUAGUCGGAGAGAAAGAUGAACCCUUCGCACAGAGACUUGCUUUAGGAUGGGUCAUUGUCGGUCAAAUUUGUCUUGGUGGAGCCCACCGACCCGAAGUCAGGACCUUCAAAACAUUCGCAUUGAAGAAUGGCAGACCCUCAACCUUUGAACCCUGCAACAGUGAGUUGUUGGUCAACGACAACCUGUUCCAGAAGACCGAACAUGAUGAGAAGAUAGGAUUCUCGAUAGAAGACAGAGAAUUCCUGAAAUUGAUGAACACAUCAUUCGAGAGAGAUGACAGUGGCCAUAGGGUGGCUCCCCUUCCAUUUAAGCAGAACCGACUACGUCUACCAGACAACAAGACCCAAGCACUACAGCGUGCAAGAGCGUUUGACAAGAACCUCCGUCACAACUCUAGAAAGUACGAGCAUGUCAAGGAGUUCAUGAUAAAAUUGUUCAAUAGAGGACAUGCAGAGAAGGCACCUAUGCUCGAAGAUGGAAUAGAGAGAUGGUAUUUACCAAUGUUUGGUGUGUAUCACCCUAAAAAACCAGAAUCCAUUAGAGUGGUAUUUGACUCAUCCGCUCGUUUUGAAGGAGUGUCCUUGAAUGGUUCACUGAUGAAAGGGCCAGAUCUGUCUAACAGCUUGCAAGGAGUACUUAUGAGAUUCCGGUUAGAUCAAUAUGCAGUGAUAGCGGAUGUGGAGCAGAUGUUCCAUAAUUUCCGAGUGAGAGAAGACCACCGAGACUACCUUCGUUUUUUGUGGCAUCCUAACCAUGACUUAGACGCUCCACUGGAGGAAUUUAGGAUGACAGUACAUGUAUUUGGGAACAGCCCUAGUCCUUCAGUUGCUACGUUUGGAUUGAGACAAUCUGUCUCGACUGCAGACCCGGAAGUUCAACAUUUCGUAUCCCGUAACUUUUAUGUUGACGACGGGCUGAUGAGCUUCAGUGAUAUACCUCAAGCGGUGGACCUUAUCAAGCGUACACAAGAGGCUCUCUAUGAAGGAGGACGCUUACGUCUACACAAAAUCGCAUCAAACUCUGUCGAAGUUUUGCAACAUUUUGAAGCAGAAGAUCUCAGCAAAGACCUACAUGGGCUUGAUAUUAUGCAAGACAACUUACCAGAGCAUAGAAGCCUGGGAAUUGCAUGGAACAUUGAAGACGACACGUUUAUCUUUAGGGUGAGCAAAGAUCCCAAGCCCUUCACACGACGAGGUGUCUUAUCAGUCAUAAACAGUCUCUUUGAUCCCAUUGGAUUUACAGCCCCAGUGACAGUGGUAGGGAAGAUGCUUUUAAGGGAGGCAAUGACCACGAAGUGCGACUGGGACGACAUACUCCCGGUCAGUUUUCAGACAGACUGGGAAAGUUGGGUAGACUCACUUCAUGCUCUAGAUAGGAUUCAUAUACCCCGCAUGUAUUGCCCACUUUCUGUAGGAAAGGCGUUACACCUAGAAGUUCACAUAUUUUCCGAUGCAUCUAAAGAAGCAGUGGCUGCUGUAGCAUACUUGAAAGCUUUCCACCAAAAACACUCCGAGGUAGGAUUUCUUCUCGGCAAAGCAAAGGUUGCCCCUUCGCAUGGGCACACCAUCCCAAGACUUGAACUAUGUGCUUCAGUCUUAGCUGUAGAGAUGGCUGAGACUAUCCGAGAAGAACUACAAAUUCCUAAGGACAACUUCACCUUUUACACAGACAGCCAAGUCGUCUUGGGAUACAUUUCUAACGAUGCUAAAAGGUUCCAUGUGUAUGUGUCUAACAGGGUGAGCAGAAUUCGUUCAUUUUGUGAACCAGGACGCUGGAGAUACAUCAUGUCCGAACAGAAUCCUGCUGAUGUUGCGAGCCGGGGUUGCAGCACACGGGAGUUGCCUCAAAGCACUUGGCUUUCGGGACCGAAUUUCUUGAGGGAUGACACGCAACUUGGAGAUCAACCUCAAACCUAUGACCUUGUUAAUCCAGACAUGGACGAAGAAGUUCGCAAACAGGUGACUUGUAAGAAAACCUUUAUUGCAUCUCAGGGAUCUGAAUCGUCACAGCCGGGAGACUUGUCUACAUGGUGUGAGCGGUUUAAGAAAUUCUCAACAUGGAUGAGUUUAGUCCGUGCCAUUGUGUGCCUCAAACGAUUUGUGGCUAGAACCCGCUGUAAAAAAUCAAAUCCAGUAGCUCUGAAAGAAGAUGCUGAACGAUUUAUCAUUACACAGGCUCAAAACGACAGAUAUCCGUCAGAGAUUCAUGCAAUCAAAAGCGGAAAACACCCACCACUUAACAGUCACUUAAUCUCCCUCAAUCCAGUACUAGACAAAAAUGGGAUCCUGCGAGUAGGAGGUCGAACUAAACACAUGAAGGCUACUCACCUGACCACUCAACCUAUCAUUAUCCCUAAGGAUCACCAUAUUGCCACAUUGUUAGUACGUCACUACCAUGCAGAAAUUCAUCACCAGGGUAGACACAUGACAGAAGGAGCAGUCAGAGGCGCAGGUUUCUGGAUUGUUGGAUUCCGUCGGCUCGUGAACUCUCUGAUUAGAUCAUGCAUUAUGUGCAAAAAACUGCGUGGAAAUCUAGGAUGGACAAAGAUGGCGGACCUACCGUUGGACAGAAUUGAGCCUGGACCUCCUUUCAGCUUUGUUGGAGUCGACGCAUUCGGACCUUGGCCAGUUGUUGUAAAGAAGACUACUAGAGGUGUCAGGACUACAUCCAAGUAUUGGGCCAUUCUUUUCACCUGUCUUGUGUCGAGAGCCAUACACAUAGAGCUUGUGGGAGAUAUGAGUAGUGAAGCUUUUAUCAAUGCCCUGAGAAGAUUCAUGGCCAUUCGUGGCCCCGUGCGCCAGUUUCGUUCAGAUAGGGGCACAAACUUCAUUGGGGCGAUGAAGGAGUUAGGGAUAAGUGCGUCAUUUGAUGAAAGUGGAGUAGUGCAAGAUUACAUGACAAAGGUUGGAUCUACAUGGAUCUUUAAUCCACCAUAUGCACAUCACUUUGGGGGCACCUGGGAACGUCUUAUAGGGUCCUGCCGUCGUAUUUUGGAUGCCCUGCUGUUGGAGAACAGACCUAAAGACUUAACCUUUGAUGUUCUUAGCACCUUUAUGAGUGAAGUUAGCGCCAUUAUGAAUACUCGUCCACUGUUGCCUAUCUCUAGCGAUCCAGAAGCUCCAUCUGUUCUCUCCCCAUCCAUGAUCCUGACGCAGAAAGAAUGCGACCUUACCUCAUCAAUGAACAUAACAGGAUUUGGACCUAAAGAUGCUGUGAAAAGUCAGUGGAAAUUGGUUCAAAAAUUGGCUGAUGACUUCUGGCGUAGAUGGCAACUCGAAUACAUCCACUGCCUGCAAACUCGCAGAAAAUGGCAACUGCCAGGAACGACCUUUAAGGUUGGUGACGUAGUUUUAGUCAAGGACGACAAUUCUCAUCGUAACACUUGGCCCGUUGGUAUUAUUAAGGAAGUGUUCCCAAGCAAAGAUGACAUCAUUCGGAAAGUCAUGGUCACCGUUGUCCGUGAUGAUGUUCGAAACUCAUAUGUGAGACCUAUUACAGAACUUAUCCACUUACUUGACUGUGAAUGAUAUGCUAUAUGUAGUUAUGAACUGAUUGUGGAUGCUGUUAUGAUUGCAUACAACUCCUUUCAUAAAGUAGUCAAACCCGCAAUGAUUUUUUUAGUCAAUGCUUAAAACAAGACAUGUUCAUGUUAUGUAUGGAUUUUUUCAUGUAACUAUUUUUUUUAUUUGAUUUGGCGAUUUUUUAUAAACUCGGAAGGGGAGUGUGGUGAAUUCGGAACUUAUGUGUCCGGUUUGGUUUGUUUUUUAUUGAGUUCAUCCGGUGUUUACAUGUGCUCAAGGCACUUUUGCCCAACUCAUUUUUGAUGUACAUUUACGCACUACGGAGUAAGUAUUUUGUUUAGCAUUGUACAAAACAUUUAAUUACACCCAGAUAACCAAUUUGCUUUAAUGUAAUUCUGCUGUCAUCCCUUUAGAUGUCAGUUCAUCUUCGCUAGGUUUAUCAAAACAUGUGUAAGGCAUAAUGUAAAACAUGGAAAUUUAUGAACAUUGUUAAUUACAUGCUAUUUAGUCACACUAGCAGAAUGUUAUAGUUAAUAUCCUAUAUGUUCUUACAGGUUUUAACUGUUAUUAUCAAUCUGAGUUAUGUAUAAGCCCUAAACCUUUCCAUGAUAAAAUUUUCUUUAUUUGGCACAGUGUGAAAAAUAGAUUGGACUUGACAUGGUACAAUUUUCUGUAACUUGUAUUUGUACUUUUGCAGUUUUUACCCUCACUGGAGGAGCAAUAAACACUUAACUCAAGUAGAAGUUUUAGUUGUUU